CAUCUUUUGCGUACCUUAUUUUGUGUGCUGACAUACCAAGUACGGAUACCUACAGCUAGGUAGGUACUUAACUCCGUCCCAAUAGCCGAGCCACCACGGUCCACGCACCGCCAGCGCGCACCGCAAUUCGGCUCAAUCCCAACACCAUGGUCUUCACAUCACCAUCAUGGGUCCCGAGCUUGCCAAUCGACCCUCCCGAUACUGUCUCCCUUGACGAGUUCAUGACAACGGAGAAGUAUGGGCGCUACUCCCUCGUCAAGUCAAAGAACCCUUUUACCUGCGGCCUUUCCGGUAAGACAUACACUGCUACAGAGGCGAAGACGCGUGUCGAGUUUCUGGCCAGGGCUCUCGCCAAGAGACUCGAGUUUGCUCCCAAUGAAGGAACCGAGUGGGACAAGGUUGUUGCUCUCUACUCUUUGAACACCAUUGACUACCUUCCAUUCACCCACGCUGUCCAUCGCCUCUCCGGCAUAGUUACCCCUGCCAGCGCCGCCUACUCUGCUGCUGAGGUUGAGCACCAGCUCCGGUCUUCCGGCGCCAAAGCCCUCUUCACCUGCAUUCCCCUCCUCGACACGGCCCUAAAGGCGGCCAAGGCGGUCAACAUCCCCAAUGACCGCAUCUUUAUCAUGCCCAUGCCCGGCGCUGCCACAACGACGCCUUUCGCAACCAUCGAUGACCUGGUCGAGGAGGGCAAGUCCCUACCGCCAUUGGAGCCUCUGAAAUGGGUCAAGGGACAAGGCGCCCGUCAAGUAGCCUUCUUGUGUUAUUCGAGUGGCACAUCGGGACUGCCGAAAGCCGUCAUGAUUUCCCAUCGCAACGUCAUCGCCAACAUCAUCCAGUACACCACCUUCGACUCUGUGCCGAGGACGCAACUGGGUGUCGACACUCAGGUGGUGCUAGGUCUCCUCCCCUUCAGCCAUAUCUACGGCCUCGUCGUCAUCGCCUUCGCGAACACUUUUCGGGGUGACGAGGUUAUUGUGCUACCCAAGUUUGAACUCAAGACCUUUCUAGAAGCUGUGCAAAAUUACAAGAUUGGACAGCUAUUUGUCGUCCCUCCUAUUGUCAUUCAGCUCCUUCGCAAUCAGGAACUCUGCCGCAAGUACGAUCUCAGUGCUGUUCGCUACCUCUAUACUGGUGCGGCCCCGCUGGGAGCCGAGACGGUUGAUGAUGUCAAGAGGCAGUACCCUAAAUGGCGAGUAGGCCAGGCGUAUGGCAUGACGGAGACCUGCACAGUGGUCUGCACUACAAGCGAGACCGACAUUGAUGUCGGGUCCUCGGGCUCCCUCGUUCCUGGAACCCGUGCAAAGAUUGUAGAUCCGACCACGGGUCAAGAGAUCACCGAGGACAACAAACCCGGCGAGCUUCUUGUCCAGGGGCCUUCCGUCGUUUUGGGCUACCUCAAUAACACAAAGGCAACCGCCGAGACGUUUGUGUGGCUUGAAGAUGGCCGUUGGAUCCGGACCGGCGACGAGGUUAUUGUGCGCAAGGCCGCCUCGGGCCACGAGCACCUUGUUAUUGUGGACCGGAUCAAGGAAUUGAUUAAAGUCAAGGGCCACCAAGUUGCUCCCGCCGAGCUGGAAGCCCAUCUGCUCACCCACCCCUUCGUUUCCGACUGUGCCGUCAUUCAAGUCCCCGACGAGCGGGCGGGCGAGGUUCCCAAGGCCUUCGUCGUUAAAGGCCCCGAUGCCGCCGGCAAGCCGGACGAAGAAAUUGCGCGCGCCAUCUGCAAACACGUCGAGGACCACAAGGCGCGGCACAAGUGGAUCAAGGGCGGCGUCGAGUUCAUUGAGGCUGUCCCCAAGAGCCCGAGCGGGAAGAUUCUCAGGCGCCUUCUGCGAGACAAGGAGAAGCAGGCGCGCCAGGCGAAGGGUGCAAAGCUAUGAGGAUUCCGAGACUCUUUUUUGGCCUAUGCAGUGUCGUUUCAAUGAUACAUUGGACAGCAAGCAUAUGGCCCCUUUAUCGCAAGCGGAUAUCAGUUACACUUACUUACACUUAGAAGAUCUGGCAAGCAAAGUAGCAAUUCGAAUUCAUUCCCAUCUUUAUCACACCCGAGUUGCUAUAAGUUAUCUAUCUACUCUUCAUCGGCUCAUAUAAGUACAUUGGAAUUCGCUGCCCAGACGAUCGUUCCAUAGCAUUAGGCCCUGU